CUGAGUUCUGUGUAGUAUUCAAAACCAAAUUUCUCACAUUCUCCUACUUGUCAAUGAAUCUCCCCUGCGUCUUUUUUUCACGUAAUUUAACUGGAGGAUAAAGAUCCUAUGAAAGAAGACUGCAACGUCAUUACACACGCAUGUACGUACGGAUCAGUUUUGUUCCGUUCACACUUCACACUCAGACAAAAUAGUCAAAACACUUUCGUCGUCACAUCCUCAACCCACUCUAUAAAUAAUCCAAUCGCCGCUUACCACCACCAAGAUCAUUCAAAUACACCGCAAUGGAAACACCUAAAGGCACCAUCAUCUUCACUACCGUUGGUCGAACUCACUACGGCUUCGACGUCUUCUCUCUCCACAUCGCCACCUCCGUCGAACGCCGUUUAACUGACGGCGUUUCCGUUAACUUCAACGCUCAAUUCACCAGCGGUGAUGACGUCGUCUUUGUUUCGGAACGAAACGGAUCCGCUAGGAUUUUCAGAACCCGACCCGGAAAUUCUGAACCCGAGCAGCUUCCCGGAGCUCCGGGUAGCUACUUCCACGACCGUCCCAUCGUUACUCAAUCCAACAGACUCUAUUUCAUCUCAGCUCACGAGCAGCCUGAUCGUCAUUUCAAGAACUGGUCUGCGCUUUACACCGUGGAACUCAACGACAAGAAGAGAGAGGUUACACGUAUCACUCCACCAGACGUCGCUGAUUUUAGCCCGGCGGUUUCUCAAUCGGGUGAACUCUUAGCCGUCGCGUCCUAUGGAUCUCGAUCUUGGGGCGGUGAGUUUCACGAGAUCAACACUGAUAUCGUUGUUUUCAAAGCAUCUGAACCUGACACAAGAGUGAUGAUAUGCGAGCGUGGCGGAUGGCCGACUUGGUCCGGCGAUUCAACUGUUUUCUUCCACCACCAAGCCGACGACGGCUGGUGGAGCAUAUUCCGGGUGGAUAUACCGGAAAAUUUCCAGAAACAUCCCGAUUUCCCGAUCGUACCGAUCCGAGUCACUCCAUCUGGACUCCAUUGCUUCACACCUGCAGCUUUCAACGACGGGAAACGAAUCGCCGUCGCAACCCGCCGCCGCGGCGUCACCUACCGUCACAUCGAGAUUUACGACCUUGAAAACAAAACGUUUCAGCCAGUGACUGAGCCACUCAAUCCGAGUUUCCACCAUUACAACCCCUUCGUAUCUUCCGAUUCCGAGUUCCUCGGCUACCACCGGUUCAGAGGCGGCGAGUCAACUCAAGGCGAGUCAAUCGUCCCCAACAUCGAAUCCAUCGUUUCACCAAUCAAAACCCUCAGCUUACUCAGAAUAAACGGAUCGUUUCCAGCACCAUCCCCUAACGGCGAUCUAAUCGCUUUAAACUCCGAUUUCGACAUCAACGGUGGUAUCAAAGUCGCGAAAUCCGACGGCUCAAAACGAUGGACGUUGAUCAAAGACCGUACAGCUUUCUACAAUUCAUGGAGUCCAACGGAGCGUCAUGUAAUCUACACAUCUCUCGGUCCAAUCUUCAGUCCGGCGAGUAUGGCGGUUCAGAUAGCUCGAAUCAAGUUCGAUCCAUCAGAUCUCACCGCCGAUAAAGAAGAGCUUCCGUGUGAUGUGAAGAUUCUCACACUAGCAAACACUGGGAACAACGCUUUCCCGUCUUGCUCUCCCGACGGCAAAUCAAUCGUGUUCCGAUCUGGCCGAUCCGGUCAUAAGAAUCUUUACAUUAUAGACGCCGUUAACGGAGAAUCUAACGGCGGUGGGAUACGACGGUUAACGGAAGGGCCAUGGAUCGAUACUAUGCCUUGCUGGUCUCCGAAAGGAGAUCUCAUCGGAUUCUCAUCUAACCGGCACAAUCCAGAGAACACCGCUGCGUUCGGUGCUUACGUGGUGAGACCUGACGGUUCUGGUUUGAGGAGGAUUCAAAUCGCGGGACCGGAAGGUUCGGAGGAAGCGGCGAGGGAGAGAGUUAAUCACGUGAGUUUCAAUAAGGAGGGUGAUUGGAUAGUUUUCACGGCGAACCUCUGUGGGAUAACGGCGGAGCCUGUGGCGAUCCCGAAUCAGUUUCAGCCGUACGGGGAUUUGUACGUUGUCAAAGUAGACGGGACGGGGUUGAGGAGGCUGACGUGGAAUGGGUAUGAGGAUGGGACUCCGACGUGGCAUACUGUGGAUGAAUUGGAUUUGACUCAGUUGAGUUUGAACGGUCAAGAUGGAGAUAAACUUGAAGGUCAGUUUGAGGAGCCGUUGUGGAUCUCGUGCGAUAUAUGAAUAAGACAGUCAGUCAAUAUUCUUGGCAAAAGUAAAAUAAAAAAAUAAUGUAAUCUCGAUGUAAAAAAAAAAAAAAAAAAA